AUGGAUCAAUUGAACCAUCGUCAAGAAGCUUUAUAUCAUCAUCAAUCUCUUCAAGUUCAGGGUCCAAAUCCACCUCUGCCAGCUGAUUCCAGACCCGAAGUAGCGGCAAAGGACUCCGUUGCUGCAAGGAAAGUGCAGAAAGCAGAUCGUGAGAAACUAAGGAGGGAUCGCCUAAAUGAGCAGUUUGCCGAGUUGGGAAAUACUCUUGAUCCUGACAGGCCUAAAAAUGAUAAAGCGUCUAUUCUAACUGACGCUAUCCAAGUGGUGAAAGAUUUGACUUCACAGAUUGACCGACUAAAAGCUGAAUAUGCUGCACUGAAUGAAGAAUCCCGUGAGUUGACUCAGGAGAAGAAUGAUCUUCGAGAAGAGAAGGCUUCACUUAAAUCGGAUAUCGAGAGCCUUAAUGCACAAUAUCAACAGCGAGUGAGAGCUAUGUAUCCAUGGGGUGGAAUGGAUCAUUCUGUCGUGAUGCACCCAGCUUCUUAUCCUUUCCCAAUGCCAAUGCCAAUACCUGCUGGUCCAAUUCCCAUGCAUCCAUCUCUGCAGCCCUUUGCGCUUUACGGGAAUCAGAAUCCUGCUGUAGUUCCAAAUCCAGUGUCAACUUUUGUUCCAUAUAUGGCCCCUAGUGGUGCUGUCGAGCAGCAGUCUACACCGCAUGUAUCUCAAGUAACACAACAAGGUUGUAGGUCUCAUGGUUCAAGAAAACAAGACCAAAAAACAUCUACUUCAAAGGACAGGAGUGAAAAAUGUGAAACUUCAGAUGAUGUAGCAACUGACCUUGAGCUGAAGACACCUGGUUCGGGGUCAUCGGAUCAGGAUGUUUCUCCUGGACAAAGAAGAGCCAGAAAAUCACCAAGGAAGGAAAGUAGCAUCACAGAAGCAAGUUCUUCAAGCAGGUGUUCAUCAUCUCACAGCGUGCAGGCAGUUUCACAAAACAGUGUCAUCGGUGGUACUGCAUCAAAGACAGAUGAGUGA